CGGUGCCAUACUUUAGUUAUUGUUCAUGUGCUAUCGAAUAUCGGUCAAGUCACGUUUUAUCCCAUCCUCCAUUCUCCAUUACGAAAGUGACAUACAUAAUACCUACCGAUAUAUACCGGCAGGCCAGGAGCGUAGUUGGGUAGUUCGAAAAACAUCCGAGCUUCUCUGCAUUCCAAUCCAUUUCUCAUUCGGCACCAUCCGAAAACAUACACCAUAGUAACCAUUUAGUAGUCACGUACUCGAGUCUUAAAAACAUUGAAGGCAGCACAUCUUCUUCCUAUGCCAAUAAAGACAAAUCUUGCUCGAGCGCGCCGCCGAAAUAUUUACAAAGGAAAAACAAUGGCGUCGCUGAGCUUUCGUCUUAACCCUACUUACCCAAAUCGAGAUAACCAGAAUAACCAGAAUAACCAAGAUGGGAUGGGGGAUCGAAAUAUGACUUCAUCCAUGGCCAGUUCAACAACUCACGGAGAUCAGGAACCUUACAUCCCUGUUUUAUUUUCAAGUCCGCCCCCAAUUCAAGAUACGCUCUCAACCAAGACUUCAACUGUACAAAAUGAGACCGUGGAUAGCUGCUUGCCUUUCUUAACUUCCGAGGUUGAAAAUAUGUAUUAUAACCAGUAUGGCGUACCGCACCUUGCUCGAGAACGGCAUAUCAAGUUUCUUCGGAAGCACCUAGAAAGACUUCCGGGCCGUUAUGUAGCGUUAGAUGCAAGCAGGCCCUGGAUGCUUUACUGGUCCCUCAACGGCCUAGCUAUCUUGGGCGAGGAUGUCUCUGGUUACCGCGAUGCCCUUGUUGAGACGGCACGUUCCAUGCAAAACGCCAACGGAGGGUUCGGAGGAGGUAUCGGUCACGAAUCCCAUCUAGCAUGCACAUAUAGCAUGAUCUUAGCAUUAUCCGUGGUUGGGGGAGAAGCUGCGUAUGAGGUCAUCGACCGGAGAGCUCUCUGGAAAUGGCUCUGUGCCUUGAAGCGGCCGGAUGGAGGUUUCCAGAUGGCUGUCGGCGGUGAAGUCGACAUAAGGGGAGCUUAUUGCGCAGCCGUAUUAGUUACUCUACUUAACCUUCCUCUCGACUUGUCGUCCGACUCUCCGGCCUGGACGGCCGACCAACCAAACUUAUUCUCUGGUUUAGGAGAAUAUGUACGCCGAUGUCAAAGUUUCGAAGGCGGAAUUUCGGCGCAACCAGAUGGUGAAGCGCAUGGAGCUUAUGCCUUCUGUGCCUUAGGCUGUCUAGCAAUCCUCGGUGCUCCUCAUCGUACCUUUGCCAGAUACCUCGACGUCCCAAGGCUAAUUUCUUGGCUAUCGUCACGACAAUAUGCCCCAGAAGGUGGGCUCGGUGGUCGCACGAAUAAGCUCGUUGAUGGUUGUUAUAGCCAUUGGGUUGGUUGCUGUUGGCCCUUAAUUGAAGCCAGCCUUGCUGGACCGUCUAGUCUUAUGUUCGACGUAAACAAAACUCAAAACUCUGGCAUUGAUAUCCAUAAUCUUUACAGUCGCGAAGGGCUUAUUCGUUAUAUACUUUGCUGCGCGCAAGAGACCUCUAAAAGAGGUGGCAUGAGAGACAAGCCAGGCAAAUCCUCUGAUGCGUACCAUACCUGCUACGUACUUAGUGGGCUUUCAUCAGCUCAGCACGUUACGCGUUUGCUUUCCUCGGAUGGUCAAGGGAUGAUGACGCAUUCGGAAUAUGACGUCUCGCCGCACCACGGAAACCCCCAGAUUUAUGAUGAGGAAGACCGAGUGAGCCCAACCGACCCUGUAUAUUUUAUACCUGAGGGGAAACGGAAAGAGAUCAUGUCAUAUUUCCUAUCGAAGCCGGGGUUCUGACCCGCUUGUGGCCGCAUAUCAAGAGGCCUAUCCGACACUACGCCGGGCCAAUACGAGGAAGGCAGAAAUUUUCCUUCGAAAUCCUACGAUGCUUCGAUCUUUUUUUUCUGUCCAUGAUUGCGAGUAUCAGCAUUAUAGCUUCCCACGUGUCAGGUUAUAUA